AUGUUCCUAACAAUUUAUAGAAAUCAUCCAAAAAAGACUCUAUUAUUCUUAAUCAUUCUCUUUGGAGGAAUUACCUAUAAAUUUAGAUCACAUUUAUUCAAUCUUUUCAUAUAAAAAAUGCAAAGCAAAUUAACUUAAGAAAUACAAUUAUAAAUGGAAAAAGGUCAAAGAAUCAAUACAAAACUUGAUUAAAUAUAAUUGAUUGUUGAUCAAUUCUAUUAGAAUAAGUCAUUCUUAAAUUUUAUUUCUGAAAUCUUAAAAUAAGAAUAAAUCACUAAUAUUGGAAAUUAAUUGAAAUAAAAUAAAGAAUUAAAUUAGGAAUAAAAAGAACUCAUGUAUCAAAACAUGUCAGAAUUAUUCUUAAUCUAUGAAGUAUCAACAAUUAUUCUUUUGAGAAAAUCUGAAUGUCUACUUUUAUUAUCUAAAAUUGUAAUUCUGACAAUCACAAAUAAAUUUUUAUAGAAAAUCUACUUCAAUAAAUAUUAUAAACAUAUAUAACUCAACAAUACCUUUAGAUUGUUAAUAUUUUGUAAGAAUAAUUUAAAAAAGAUCCUCUAAAAUACAAUUACAAUCAAUAAACCAACCUAAAAGAAAUGAUUAAAAACUUAGUCCAAAUUUGUCAAAAUAAUUUAUGGGAAAUAAAUAUUUAUCGCAAAUAGAAAAGUUAUGUCGAGACGAGUUUAAAAAAAAAAUUAUCUAAUUUUAGCAAUACUAUUAAGGUUAAAAUCUAACUACUAUUCAGUAAUAAUCAAAAUAGUUAGUUGAGCAUAUUUUUAAACUUAAUAAAUCUUUGGCACUGUUAACUUUUUCUGAUUAUUCAAUAUCUUACACUUAUUAGAAACUUGAUAAUAGAAUUUAAUUAAUACCAAAUAUUAAUGAUAUAAAUAAUCAAAUUCUUAUUAAAUAGUUAUUAAAAAAUCAUCAGGUUAUCAAAGAAAUAUUUUAUGCUCAAGAAAGUAUUUAAAACAAUAAUAACUAUUAUUAAAGAUAAUUAAAAUAAAGUCUUAAAAUUAAAGUUGAAGAAUCAUCUUAAACUAAUUCAUAAAUAGAUAAUAAUUUAGCAAUAAUCCAAAAAGUAUUCAUGAAUUUAAGAUUUUUGAAAUUUUGA